ACAACACAACGCGAUUGACGCGAAACAACUGGGACAUCGCAAGGAUAUCAAAAAUCGCUGCAGAAAAUGCAAAUGUAAAAAGCAAAAUAAUCCCGUCAAAUUUCGAGCGCAAUGUCGUGCCCCGCAAACCUGGAAAGCACCCCCAUCGAGUGGCAACCGAUUACGCUUACGCUGGUGGAAUAUCCCAAAGAUGACCUGUUGGGGAAGCUACUGGCGUGGAUAAGUUUGGCACCGUUAGGCAUCGGUGCCGGCUUCGUGGCACUGAUUCUGUUUCGAAGAGAUUUGCAUACCAUUGUGUUUUUCAUCGGGACUCUCGUGAACGAGUCGAUAAACAUGGUGCUAAAGCACUGGAUCCAGGAACCGCGGCCGGUGAGCCGGGCGCAGGUGUGGAACGAGUACGGGAUGCCGAGUUCACAUGCCCAGUUUAUGUUCUUUUUCACGCAGUACGUGCUGCUGUUCAUCUUUAUAAGACUGCACCACAUGAACAACAACAACGCCCGGGCCGAGCGGCUCGUUCGGCUGUUGGUCCUAGCGAUGUGCUGCGUGGCCACGUGCGCUGUGUGCUGCGGCCGGGUUUACCUGCAGUAUCACAGCACGCGGCAGGUGCUGGUGGGCGCCCUCGUCGGCACCAUCGUCGGUUCCGGGUGGUUUGUGCUAACGCACUACUUCCUGACGCCCUUCUUUCCGCUGGUCGUGUCGUGGCGGAUCUCGGAGCUCUGCCUGCUGCGGGAUACGACGCUCAUUCCGAACAUUCUCUGGUUCGAGUACACGCGGACGGUGCAGGAGGCCCGGGCCCGGGGCCGCAAACUCGUCAGCAUGAAGUCCCAGUGACGGUUCUGGCCGGCGUGGUACGUUAAAUAGUGGGCCACUCUGAUGCACUGAUUUAGAGAGACUGGCCAACGACAAACAUUAAAACAGAGUUACAACGCAAAGGAGUGCAGUACAAUAUAAACCAACACGAAACAAUAGUGCAUGCAACACACACACACAGAGAACACGCUCUCACUAUUACAAAUGAAUUUUGUAGAUUGAUAUCGAAAGAAGGAAACAUUUCGCAACGGACGCACAGAUUAAAUGAAACACAUUGAAAUAGGAGAACACUCUCGAAGCAAAACCAAUAAUAAACGUAAUACAAUUUAACGACACAUUUAAAGUGUACGUUGCGACCCUCCCUAGAAUUUCUGUUCAGUUUUAGCUGUUAACUAAUUUAUUUCGUUGUAUAGAACUGUAUAAACACGCGCGUUUUCAUUUCUCAAUGAAUGUUCGCGAAAAAGCACCCCUUCUAGAGAAAAAAAACACGCAAGCGUUCCUCACAUUCCUCAACCCUCCUCGCUACCCCCCCAUUAGUUCAGGCUGAGUUAGUUUGUCCGGAUUGUGAGUGUUCGUGCUACGCUAAUCUAGGCUUAGCAAAGCAGUUCCCCCGAAACUUGCACCAACAAUAUAGAAAUCACCCGAAAGCGUUAAGGCGACGAUUAUGUGUAGAAGGAAACGCAGGACAGUGACGGACGUCGUAAUUGUAAUAGUUAUUUAACAACAUCAAAAAACAAACAACAUGAAAAAAGAAGAAGCUCUGAGUAGAUGUAAUCCUUUAAUAAGAGACAUUGAGAUAAAUAAAAAACGAAAGA